GUUUCGCGAACGUCGGCAACAUCGCGCGCUCUGAUUGGUCUGCAGUGCGCCUCCCUCACCGCUCCACAUCGUGCGCGUCGAGGCCUAAGUCGCGGCCUUGUUGGCGGAGGAGGUUUCGCGGCUUCGCUCUCGGCUCCGUCGCGAUUAACCACCGCCGCUAGACCUCCCCUCCCCUACCCCCAAGCCGGCGUUCGUCACCAGCGGUCACCAGUGGUGUGUUAAGGAUUUACAAAGUUUCGUAAGGGAGCAAAAUGCCGCACCGGGAUGGGACGAGGAAACGCCGUUCAGCCUCCCCUCGCCUAAGCCAGCGCGUGAAAGUGGAAGGUGUUCCGGACGAUCGGCACAGGCGGAGGGAACACAAGAAUUCCAGUGGACGCGACGAUCUUAGAGAACGAGAGAGGGUACACGAGGCGGCGCCGGCACCGGCAGAUGCGAGCUUGCGCAAGAAAAUCAAGCAGGAGCCGCGCGACAGGAGCGAACAUGACGACAGUGCCAGCGAUCGCAAGAGGGAGCUGGGCCGGAACGGCCGAGAACGCGUUCACGACAGGGACGAUCAGCGGAGAGAUGAUCAGCGGAGAGACGAUCAGCGGAGAAACGAUCCGAGAAGGGAUGAUCAGAGAAGGGACGAUCAGAGAAAGGACGAUCAUCGGAGAGACGAGCAGAGAAGACAACGGAGCGAUGAGCAGAGAGUUGAUCGUGCCGGCGCCUCGCACAGGCACGACAGGGAGCGCCAGCGGGUGCAGGAUUCUAGCGGGGGCGAUGCUGCCACCGACACGCAGCGCGAGCGAGAGAUGAACGACCGGCGCCGUCUAGCGGCUCGCCAGCAGCGCCAGCAGCAGUCGCCGGUGGGCAACCCUUUCGAAACACAGUCGCCCACUGAGAGCCAGCGCUUCGGGCAGCCGGCCGACGCGAACGAAGAGGAAGAGCCGGGCGACGGCGGCGGUGGGGUCGAGAAGGAGCAGCCGAACUUCGCGCUGUCGGGGGCCCUAACGGAGGACACCAACACUUUCCGCGGCGUCGUCAUCAAGUACAACGAGCCGCCCGAGUCGCGCAUGCCGCGCAAGCGGUGGCGGCUGUACCCGUUUAAGAAUGACGAGCCGCUGCCCAUCAUGCACGUGCACCGGCAGAGCGCGUACCUGCUGGGGCGCCAGCGCCGCAUCGCCGACAUCCCCAUCGACCACCCGAGCUGCUCGAAGCAGCAUGCUGUGCUGCAGUACAGGCUGGUGGAGUUUGAGCGUCAGGACGGUACGACGGGCCGGCGCGUGAAGCCGUACAUCAUCGACCUGGGCUCUGCCAACGGCACGUACCUCAACAACCAGCGCAUGGACGCACAGCGCUACUACGAACUGCGCGAGCGCGACGUGCUCCGGUUCGGCUUCAGCUCGCGGGAGUACGUGCUCCUUCACGAGGGCAGCGACACCACGGUCGUGGGGGCAGCCGGCGAGGAAGAGGACGAAGAGGAGGAGGAGGAGCCCGAGGCGUCUGCCGAGGAGAUGGUUGGGGAGGCGGCGAAGGCCAAGGAAGACGACUUGAAGACGAAACGGUCCGUGAUGAGCAAGAAAAAGUGAAUGGCGCAGAACGGAUCGCCCGCCAGGAGAAAAAUGUUCUCGCCCCGGCACGCCACAUCCAGUUUUACCUCUCACUACGAGCCGUGGCUACUAGGACUGGUCACGCGUCGCCUACUCCCAAGCCUUGCACAGCGACCCGAAAAAAAUAUUCAGGAGCUGAAUGAAGAAAUCGAGGGACCCCCCCCCCCCCCCCCCAACUUUGGUUGUCAUCAUCGCUGUCAUCGCGAAGUGGAGAAACGAUGAUGAACGGAGCCUCGGAAUAAACGAUGUGGGCCGCCGUUGUUGAGACGGGGGCCUCCUGGAGAACGUGGAAAGGGAGUCGGGCCGUGGGUUGUAGGGCGGUCUGGUCGAACGGAGCUGUUCACAACGAUGCAGCCGUUGUAUAUUUGUGUUAUUUGGGUGGCGGGGGGGGGGGCGGUGUUUGCACGCCAGUGACCAUAAUCUUCCGGGCAUUGAACGACGCGCUAAUUUUUCCGUUGAGAUGGAUUCUCGCGAACGCUUGCUGUGUGCGCUCGAGAGAGAGUCUCCGUACGAUCGUCGGUAGUUUUCUGCCGUGGACAAGGUGCCAUUGUCGCGGAGUUGAUUGGCUCUCCGUCGGUCGUUUAAUUUGGAAAUACAAACAGAUUUAACAACUUGCAGAGACGCGCGCAUUGCAAGUGCUCAUGUGUCGGUCUACGUUGUGUCGAGGUAAGAGCCCUCUCCACAUAUGGGGGCUCCCAGAGGCCCAUAGCAGCGGCGAACAUUGACGGCUGUGCUGUGCUGAUGAGUUCUAUUGAGGUCGAAACAUAUCUGGAGUUGUGCGCUUGUUUCACCGCUGCCUGUUGGUAUGGCCACAAGUUUCUCAACUCUUUGCGUUGGUGACCCUAAACAAAAUCAUCACAAAUUCAGUUAUUUUGGGCUGAUGGUCUGGGCAAGGCUGAGAGCAUUUGUACAUGCGAUGCUGCACCCCCGUGUGUGUUGUUGAAUCUUUUAUUUGCCAGUCCACUGCUGGAUCAAGGCCUCCCCCAUGCCGUGUCCGUCAUGGUGGUUGUUUGAACAUAUUUCACCACACUUAGAGCAAGUUUCGUGUGACAACCUGGGACACACAGCCUACGUGUAUAGCCACAAGAGCAAGAGGCGCUUUUGAGUUUCUUCUUUAAGUUAAAAGGGGAUGCUGCCCCAGCAGUGUAAAGAUCAGCACACUGGAUUUGCAGUCCAGAGGCUGCCAGUUCGAUUCAAUCUCUCUUGCUCUGUCCGCUUGAAUAGACCAAUUUGAAAUUAACCCCUCUGCAUAGGGACUCGUAUACUUGCAGAGCACCCAUAUAUUUGGGACUCGCAAACUAGCAUAGGACUUAUUGACUAGCAUAUAAUUCAUAGGAUUGCAGGAGUUUAACAAUCCGUACGAAUCGGUGUGCGUCAUCACACCCAACCACACACGGAGUGUCCUUGUGUUUUGUGCAGACGUGUUGCCUUUUGCGUCUGCCGCACGGAGACGCAGGUUAGGGCUCAGGGUUUAGAUGUGGUUUCUCUGUGACUCCGUGUGUCUCGCUUUGUGUGUCUCUGCGUCUCUCUUCUCUGCGUCUGUCGCUGUGUAUGUGUCUGUUUGUGUCUUGUCUCAGUUGAUUAUCAUAAAUUAGAACCUCCCCAAACCAACUGGCAAACCAACCCCAAUCUUGAAAUGAAAACAGACUUCCUGCUUAGAUGAGCAUUUCGGCAAUGGUGUUCUUCCAUUUACAGCCACGAUCCAGUGGUGGAAAUUUAACAUUUCUGUAACAGGGGCGAAUUGAUACACACGACGACCACUGUUAACUUCCCCACAACGUGGACCUCGUUUUAUCGACCCCGAAAUAAUGAUGGGCCCGAGUCAAUCCCCAGUCUGGAUCUUUGAGCCACCAGAUUGCAGUUUAAAAGGCAAAGGCACAUCCACGAAAUUCCUUGCGCACACCAAUGCCAACAGGAUGGCGCCAGAGGGCCCACCAUUGCCACAGCCCCCAUUCGUCGCUACCGACAACCUUGCAGUGCCAACGAGAAAUUAAAUAUGGAACUGUGACGCAAAGGUUCAAGGUUGACCGUUCUUGGAUCUGCGUCACGGAGUGAAAGGUGGUGCAGCGGCUUUCGUGCGUCACUGCCGGCCGAACGGGCCCGCACCAAGUGGCUGAUCGGUUUGAGUUUCGAGUUUCUGUUUAACGAGGGGUGAGACCUCAAGAGAGACCAGGAUAGAGGAGUCUCAGCUGUAAAAGAGUAACUUGUGUCACCUAAAUGACAAAAAAAUAAAUCAAGUACUUUACAGAAAAUCGACGCUCUAGAGGGUAUUUUGGCCUACUCUUUCACCGUAACCGGAUGUCUUGGAAGAGGUGGGAGUCUCGAGAUCGUCUCCCUUGUGGGCAGGUGUGCGUCACGCCCCCGGCGUAUCGCCCUGCUCCACAGGGAGCGGGAGUUUGCGCGACCGUCCAUAAUAAUGCUCGAAAUGGGUCUUCCCAACGCCGGUUCUUGUUGUGUGGCGCUGCGCUCCGUCCGUCCGUGGGUCCGUCUUUUGCACGUCUCGCCGGUACUCCUCCGGUCGGAGUGAAGUGUUUCGUUGAACGCUGCGCGCGCCCGAUGUUUGGUAAAGCGUAUCCCACGUGAACCGUAGGUGUGCGCACGUGUGCGCAACUUUUUGUUAUUUUGCGUAAAUCGGUGCCGUCUGCAUCACGUCGUGGUGGGGGGGGGGGCAGAACAUCGGGCAAGCUUCAAGUUUUGUUUGGUUGAACUGGCGUGAGAACUAAAGUGGGGGGGGGGGGGGUGGGCCAGGAUAGAGGAGUCGCAUUUGGAAGGGUGACCUCGGUCACCAACAACGACGUAAGCAAAAGCAAAUAUCAAUCGGGACAAAAAACACAAGCGUCGCUGAAAUUAUUGCAUGCACAAAAUGUUAAAUCAAAAGUGAAAUGUUAACUUGCCUGCGGCGCAGAUCUGCCUCCAGAUCAAUCGCAGCACAGACGACAGGAGACAAAGUUCCUCCGUACAGCCUUAACAGACUGUUGGGGCAAGUGCUGUUAGCGAACAGCUCUGAAGGCCGGAAUGGCACAACGUGAGACUUGUUUACCAAACAUCGAGAGCAUACAGCGUGGAAACGACUCUAGGUAAAAGGCGGGCCGUGGUUUUGGCCACGGGGACUGGAGUUUCAGAGACGCCACUCUCGGCUCCGAAACGAAACGGUGACGACGCAUAUCCCAGGUUUCUCCGCGGCCAGUACUAUUGUGACAGGGAGGUAGCUUGAACCGAUUACAUUUUUCUAACGAAUAGUAUUUUUGUAUGGUUACGACGCGUUGUCGUAAUAUAAAAUGGUCGCGUUUUCGUCUUCGCGGUUUAGAUUUAUCGAUUGUACAAUGCGCUCUGUAUGUUUUGGGGUUCGCAGUGUCGAGGUGUAACGCGUAACACUUCUAGCGCUUCCCCCCCCCCCCCCCCCAGCACGGCCGAGCCGAGGCCGUGCCCUGCACACGCUUAAGCACCGGAUCGUUGUUUUUCCACUGCGCCGUUAGCCGAUGCCACCGACAUCGUGCACGGCGAACAAGUCGGUGCCGUGCAGGUGAUGCCAUGCCUUCGAAGCGUAUCGACUGACGUCACACCCUUCCGCCCUUGGCCCUGCUUGCCGUGCUAGACUCGGACGUCUUGUGAGGGCGGCGUAUCACGGUUUGGUUCUGGCUCGGCACGGCAGAUAGCCAGUGGAAAAACACCACCUGUACCGCGCUGGCUUGGCUCGGAUGUACGAGUGGAUACAAAUUACGUUUAGAUCUGGUUAUAGGUGUGCACUUAAGUCGAUGUGUUGCUUUAUAAAAUAAAUGGAUUUACGUACGA